GCGAGCACUCAAAAUGCAUUCGAAAAUAUAUCUCAUAUUACUAUUAACAUAUAUAUAUGUAGUGAAUGGAAAUUUGGAAGGUCCCUUCUUAUUUUUCGGUCCAAAAUCGCUUGAGAAAUACAAAAGGCCGGCACUGAAAUAUUUAGAUCAAGAUGACCUGAUGAGUAUAUAUGGGGAACAGGCUGCGAUAGUGGUCUUCAAUAACCAGGACUCGGUGCCGCUAUCCAGUGGUUAUUUUCCACGUCUGAGGAAGAUGUUGGAGGGGCAGACUACGUUGGUUUUACCGCAGGACUUCCUGGAUGUGCACCCUGAUUAUAUUAGUAACGAGACUCAGAUGCUGACGCUGCAGGGGCCGUGGUCGGAGCGCGACGCUCAAAUGACGGAGACCUUCGCUCGCUUGCAGGACAUAUACGGGCCAGGACGUGUGCUUGGAGUACUUGGUAAUUCCGUAUCUCGGAGCCAGUCGGCGGAUUACGAGAGCGACUCCUGGUCACGUGCACGGCGCCAGGCUGGUGAUGAAUCCACAACUAGUGGGACUACUGUCACGGAUGACGAGAAACUUGGUGGUCGAACACUUCCCAAGUAUGCUCUGUACAAUGCUACUGGUCAGCCGGGUAAAAAUGCCCUGCUGUACUCAUCCGGGUGGCCGGAGCUGCGCUGGGCCAACGGCACGGCGAUCGCGCUUAACGCCCCCGUCGGGGAGCCCACAGUAAAACCUACCAGACUCUACACCAUACUCGUGGUGCGCUUCGCCGACGGACAGACCAGGGACAAGAUCACCUUAGAGUUCAGCUUCAAACAAGCGGCCGGAUGGUGGACAGCUGUGGGUGUGGAGGUGAAGUUUGGGUUGGAGACGACCGGCCUCAACUUGAAGGCACCAGCUCCACCUGACGCGCCGUCCGCAGUCCUAGGGCGCGCGUACCACUGCUCCCAGCCGCUGGUCUACUCCUCUGAGGAGGCGACCCUGACAUUACCAGAUAUACAGGACAAGGUACGUGUGCCAUUGGUUCGCCACCAAUGGCACAUGUACCAUUGA